GCUCACCCAAUCAAUCCCAAAUUCACAACCAGAAGAAGAAGAAACCCUAAAUUUAAUUUAAACCCCCUCCCUCUUUCUCUGUAUUUCUGCACGGCAAACUGCGGCAGUCUUCUAGCCCUUCAUUGGGAGCUUUUUUUUCUCUACUUGGCAUCUUCAAAUUUUGUUAUUCAGGAGCUGUAGAUAUGGGUCGUGUGCGCACCAAGACGGUGAAGAAAUCCUCCCGACAGGUGAUCGAGAGGUAUUACUCUAAAAUGACCUUGGAUUUCCACACAAACAAGAAGAUCUUGGAGGAGGUUGCAAUAAUUCCCUCAAAGCGUCUUCGGAACAAGAUUGCCGGGUUUUCCACCCAUCUGAUGAAGCGGAUUCAGAAAGGUCCUGUUCGGGGGAUCUCACUAAAACUACAAGAAGAGGAGCGUGAACGGCACAUGGACUUCGUGCCUGAUGAGUCCGCCAUCAAAACUGACAUUAUUGAGGUCGACAAGGAGACCAUUGACAUGCUUUCUGCCCUUGGCAUGGGUGACCUUCCUGGGGUUGUUAAGGCAUCUGUUGAACCACAGGCUGUAGCUCCUGUUGCUCCUUUUGGUCGGGGUGGAUCGGGUGGAUUUGGAAGGAGGUACUGAGUUUUUGAUUAGGUAUGGGAUUUUUUUGAGGGCAAGUUUAGUGGUUAGUGUAGUUUUUGGUUUUGUAGGUGAAUCAUAUGUGUUUUGGAAUUCAAUCAAGACACAAUAUAUAUUGUUUGAUGGAUAAUAUUAGACUAGGUUGUUAUGAUAUAUGAUUUUGCAAUUGUUUGGCCUUUUCUGCAUCAUGGAUUACAUUUCUUGAACGCUAAUUUCCAUUGAUUAAAUUAUUUAGUUGAGCUUGA